AUGGCGCCUAGCGCCCGGGUCAUCAAGCUCGGCCGCCGAUACAAGUACCUGGCUGCCGCUGCGCUUGCUCUGCUGCUGGUGCAGGGCCUGGUGGUGUGGAGUUUCAGUGCCCUGGAGGAGGAGGAGGCUGACAUGAAUGCUCAGCAGAGGAAAAAUAGAAGCCCAGAUAAAGCAGAGCAUUCCAAGGACCCUGACAAUUCUGCAGGGCGCAGGGCUUGGAGAUCCAGAGGAAAGGCAGGGAGAUCAGGCAGUGAGGUAGCCAGAGUGGCAAGAGAGGCUAAUCCAAGAUCCAAGCUGAGCACCCGUCUUCAUGUCCCCCAGGAAACGUGGCAUAACCUAACCAGAGAUGGCGACACCGGCAGUGUAGAAGGACCUCACCCCACGGAUCGCAUUUUCACCCCAAAGUGUGACGUCAAAGGAAAAGACGCCCUGUCUGCUCUCUCCAGAGCCACCACCCAGAAAUGUCAGCAGGAGAUUGCCGACAUUGUCUGUCUGCACCAGUUGGGACAGAUCAUUCCCAAGAGUUUGCCCCGUUAUUGCCAAACGACAGGUAAAAUAACCCCUGGCUUACAGUGGGAGGAGUCAGAUGUUGGAGCCCCGCCUCCGGAGGAUCCACUGCGCAUUGUUUACAUGCUUGUUGUACACGGGAGAGCGGUGCGGCAAUUGAAACGUCUCAUCAAAGCCAUUUACCACAAAGACCACUUUUACUACAUCCAUGUAGAUCAGCGCUCAAAUUACCUUCAUAGUGAAGUUGUCCAGUUGGCACAGCAGUAUACAAACAUUUCUGUUACCCCAUGGCGCAUGAUCACUAUAUGGGGUGGAGCCAGUCUUCUCACCAUGUAUUUGCGCGGCAUGCAAGAUUUGCUUGAAAUGUCCGACUGGCCCUGGGACUUCUUUAUCAACUUAAGUGCCACUGACUACCCAACCAGGACCAACGAGGAGCUGGUUCUCUUUCUAUCAAAAUACAGAGACAAGAACUUCCUUAAAUCUCAUGGCCGUGACAAUGCUAGGUUCAUUAAGAAGCAAGGUCUAGAUCGCCUUUUCCAUGAGUGUGACUCGCACAUGUGGCGUCUUGGUGAGCGGCAGAUACCAGAAGGCAUUGUGGUAGAUGGUGGCUCUGAUUGGUUUGCUCUGACCCGCAAGUUUGUGAAAUAUGUCACCUACACACAGGACGUCUUGGUGUCGGAAUUGAGGCGAUUCUACAAGUAUACUCUGCUGCCUGCUGAGUCCUUCUUUCAUACUGUCCUGGAGAACAGUCACGACUGUGACACUCUUGUCGACAAUAAUCUGCGAGUGACUAACUGGAACAGAAAGCUGGGUUGCCGCUGUCAGUACAAACACAUCGUAGACUGGUGCGGCUGUUCUCCUAACGACUUCAAGCCCCAGGAUGUUGUGCGUCUGCAGCAGCUCUCCAGACCAACUUUUUUUGCCAGGAAGUUUGAGUCUUCGGUGAAUCAGGAAGUCCUGGAUAUUUUGGAUGCUCACCUGUUUGGAGAGCCAGUUCCCGGGACUCCAGGUCUCAAAGGUUACUGGGAGAAUGUAUACCACAGCAUGGAAGGCCAGCGAGCGCUUACAGACGUCACCAUGACUGCAUAUGAAUCGUUUACACGUUUAGCACUUCGAGAACUGCAGAGUCCUGAGCAACUGAACAGAAAGAGAUCCUGCAGCUUUGCCCCUGAUGGUUUCUCAUCUGCGGUUGAGAUUUAUUUCUAUGAUGACCACUUCCAAGGGUAUUUAGUUACACAGAAGGUUCAUCCCAGUUCAACGCUGGAGUUUUGGAUGAUACCACGUGGCAGUUUCAGAAUAGUCGAUCAGACCGGAGCCGCUAAUCGCAUCCAGAGCCUUGAGGUGGGCACUGAAUGGGACCCCAAGGAGAGGAUCUUCCGGAAUUUUGGAGGCCUGAUUGGUCCUAUGGACGAGCCUGUGGCUGUUCAGAAAUGGAGCCAUGGAGUAAAUGUGACAGUUACUGUGGUCUGGAUUGAUCCGACGUACAUAAUAGCCGCUUCCUACGACAUCUCGGUUGACUCUGAGGCAGAUUUCACACAAUACAAACCACCGCUGUCGCGCCCCCUGCGUCCUGGUGUGUGGAAGGUCCGCUUACUGCAUUUCUGGGAGCUGCUGGCAGAAGUCAAAUUCUUUGUGAUACCGCUGACCUAUAGAAACAAGGAACCGCUGCAGGGAGGUGACCGCUGGCUGCAUGCUGGCCCAUCUCGGGGUCAGUACAUGGAGCAAAAUUUUCAAGCACUCAGUGGAAUCCUAAAUUUACCCCCACGGGUUGAAGUCGAACAGGAGGCCAAUCGGAGGUCUGAGCUACUGGGUAAAGAUCUGGAGAAAUGGACAGAUGAUGGUUUAAGCAGCUUUUGGUCUAUCGGAGGCGUUUGCACCAAAACUGCUUCCUCGUUUUGCCCGUCCCUUCCCAUCUGUUCUGACACACACUGGAGUUCCAUGUCUCCGGACCCAAAGUCUGAGCUGGGGCCUGCCGGACAUGAUGGCCGCUCAAGGUAG